CCUGAAUGAAAUUGAACGCUGCUGAGUGAGCCCCCUUCUCCUCUUCGAAGAGUCCCAAGUCCCAACCCUAAUUUCCUCUUCGAAGACAGUCACCUCCAAGGCUCCAACAAACGCCACCGUCACCUCCAACAAACGCCGGAUCGAAGCGUCACCGUCGCGGCGAGGCAGUUAUCAACGGCGUCGUUGUCUUGAUCUCUGAACUCCGAAGCGUCUGGUCGUCGGCGUUGUCUGGUCGUCGGCUUGUCAUCCUGGUCGUCGGCGUUGUCUGGUCGUCGUCGGGCAUCUGGUCGUCGUCGUCUGGCCUUCUGUGCUCUUCCGCGUCAUGAAAGCUAUGCUGAAGAAGAAUAAAAUGGACUAAAGAAAUGAGCCAUUGCAAGGAGUUCAAGUUGCAUUCCUUCAAUCACGAGAGAUGAAUGAUCUCACUUGCGUUAAUUUCUGCAAUCUAAGUCUGCAUUUCUGCAUUCAACUUCUUCAUAAGAGAAGAGGAUGGUUUUGUCUCAGAAGAUUCACGAAGCUUUCAAGGGCACAGUAGAGAGGAUCACGAGCGCUCGAACCGUCUCAGCCUUCAAAGAGAAAGGAGUUCUCAGUGUCUCCGAGUUCGUCAUUGCCGGCGACAAUCUCGUUGCCAAAUGCCCCACUUGGUCCUGGGAAUCAGGUGAGCCAAGCAAAAGGAAGUCAUAUUUGCCAGCGGAUAAACAAUUCUUAAUUACUAGGAAUGUGCCUUGUUUGCGGAGAGCUGCAUCUGUUGAAGAAGAAUACGAAGCGGCUGGAGGAGAAGUUCUACUUGAUGAUGAAGAAAAUGAUGGAUGGCUAGCAACUCAUGGAAAACCUAAAGAAACCAAAUCCGACGAGGAAGAGGAUUUACCUUCCAUGGAAAGCCUAGAAAUCAGCAAAAAGGGACCUAUUAAGCAAAUUUCAUCCUACAUGGGAGGUGAUGAGGAAGACGAUAUUCCGGAUAUGGCUGAGUUUGAAGAAACUGAUAACAUUGUUUCAGAUCCUUCUACAUAUCUAGUGGCUCAUGAACCUGAUGAUGAUAAUAUUCUACGAACCCGAACUUAUGACGUCAGUAUCACGUAUGAUAAAUAUUAUCAAACACCUCGAGUAUGGCUUACCGGGUAUGAUGAGUCAAGGAUGCUUUUGCAACAAGAACUUGUCCUUGAAGAUGUUAGUCAGGACCAUGCUCGCAAAACGGUAACAAUUGAGGACCACCCUCACUUGCCUGGUAAGCAUGCAUCUAUUCAUCCAUGUCGACAUGGAGCAGUGAUGAAGAAAAUCAUUGAUGUGUUGAUGUCACGUGGGGUUGAGCCAGAAGUUGACAAGUACCUGUUCUUAUUCUUGAAGUUUAUGGCCUCUGUAAUUCCAACUAUUGAGUAUGAUUACACAAUGGACUUUGAUCUUGGUAGCUCCAGCAACAAUUGACUAAGAUGGUAGCAGCACAUUCAAGUAUAACUGGGGAAUAUACUCCAUUGUUGAUUUCCCAUUGGAUCCAAUGCAGAAACACUCGGUCCUUUUAUCUUGUUUUGUUGGUUUGUUGCGCAUGUAUUCAGAUUGCGUAUAAACCUUGCUGUUGUUGCCAAGUGUACAUGUCAUGUAAAUUAUACCUUGUUGUUGUUGCCAAGUGUACAUGUCAUGUAAAUUACAGCCACGUUUGUGUGGUUUGGUUACUGUCUUUGUACAUAUAUAGCUAACUCUACGUCACUCUAUAAUGAAAUAUAUGGCAGCCAAUGCUUAUCGUUACGUUC